AUGGCGACCUCCACAGCGACGACGAGCCAGCUCGCCUCCGACAUGCUCGCGCGCAAGCCCGCCCACUUCGCCUUCACCUUCACGCCCUUCCUCCAAAAGACCUACCACCACGGCCUCCCCGCCGACCGGCCCGUAUGCAAGGCCUACAGCGCGGGCCACUGCCCCAACGGCACGCGCUGCACGGAGCGGCACGUCUCGGCCGCCACCGCCGCCCAGGGGGGCGAGCAAGGCGGCAAGCAGGGCGGUGGCGGCUUCAACAGCCUCGUGUGCAAGCACUGGCUGCGGGGCCUGUGCAAGAAGGGCGAGAGCUGCGAGUUCCUGCACGAGUACAACCUGCGCAAGAUGCCCGAGUGCAACUUCUUCGUGCGCAACGGCUACUGCUCCAACGGCGACGAGUGCCUGUACCUGCACAUCGACCCGCAGAGCCGCCUGCCGCCCUGCCCGCACUACGACAAGGGCUUCUGCCCGCUGGGGCCCAACUGCAGCAAGAAGCACGUCCGGAGGCGCCUGUGCCCGUACUACCUCGCCGGCUUCUGCCCGGACGGCAAGGCCUGCAAGGAGGGCGCCCACCCGCGCUGGGAGAAGAACCUCGAGCCCCCGACGCCCAAGCCCGAGCCGGGCGCCGUGGCGGAGGGUCAGGACGCGGCGUCGGGCGCCGGCAUGCCGCACCGGAGAGACGGCUUGCCCUACGAUGACGAUGACGAGGCGAGGGAUGGCGGCAGGGACCGCGGGCACGACCGGCUGGGUGGGUACAAGGACAGGUUUGGUGGUGGUGGAGGGCGGGGCGGAAGGUGGCGCGGUCGAGGAGGGCAUAAGUUCAGGGGAAGAGGUCAUUGA